AUGUUGUUCCCAGUAAUCAAUAAAAAUUCAAAAGAUGGACAUUAUAAACCACCAACUACAUUUCCUAUAGGACCUUUCAAAAAAUAUAAACAUAAUCCAAUAAUGGUACCUGACCCAAACAUUGAAUUUGAAAGUGCUUAUUUAUAUAAUGCAACAGCUAUAGUAGUAGAAGAUCAUGUAAUAAUGUUAUAUAGAGCACAAAACUCAUCAAAAUUAUCAUCAGUUGGAAUAGCUUGGUCAAAAGAUGGUAUUAAUUUUACAAAAUAUAAAAAACCAAUAAUAUAUGCUACUGAAUCAUAUGAAAAAGGCGGAGGUAUAGAAGAUCCAAGAAUUAUACGUGAUCCAAAACUGAAACUAUUUAUUGUAACUUAUACUGCUUAUGAUCUAAAGACAGCAAGAUUAUGUGUUGCAACAAGUGAAGAUUUAUUUCAUUGGACUAAAAAAGGACCUAUUGUCCCUUCAAAUUGGAAUGAUAUAGCAUGGACUUCUAACGGUAAAACAAUUAUAAGAAACAAUUGGCUGAAAUCUGGUGCAAUUUUUAAUGAAAAAAAUUCAAAAGAUGGGAAAUAUUAUAUGAUUUUUGGAGAUUCUCAAUUACAUUUAGCUGAAUCUAAUAAUUUAAUAGAUUGGAAAAUUACAAAUGAAUUUAAUAAUAAUAUUUGGGCCAAACAUAUUUUUAAUAGAGAAAAUAAAUUAAUUGAAAGUGGACCAGCUCCAAUAAAAAUGGGAAGUGGAGGUGGGAAAAAUUCAAAUCAAUGGAUAUUCAUUUAUAAUUCAGCAACAACAGGUGGAGAAGAUUUACCAAAAGAUACAUAUACUAUAAAUGCAAUGUUAAUAGAUUAUGAUGAAAUUAAACAAGGUCCAAUUGCAAGAUUAGAACAUCCAAUAUUAAAACCUGAACUGAUUAAUGAAGUUGAAGGUCAAGUUAAUAGAGUUGUGUUUUGUGAAGGUAUUGUUCAAUUUAAAGGAAAUUGGUUUUUAUAUUAUGGUCAAGGUGAUUCUGAAUUAGGUGUUGCUAUUGCUCCUGUAACUUGA